GUUGCUGAUCGCCAUAAUGAACAAGUGUAAUCGGUUUCGGAUGAGCAGUUUUCAAAUAUUUGAUUUAAUGUUUAAUCAGCGAAAUAUUCAUGAAUUAACAUGUCUGUUUGCUGUUGUACUUCUUUUAACCUGCCAGUGUCUGGCAGACGAUGGAUACGAGAUGGAUGACUUUUUAAAAAGGGAGUACUCGCUUACAAAACCAUACCAAGGUAGGCUAUCCAAACGCUUUGCUGGCUUUAGUUUCACAAUCAGUAUUAUUUUGCUUUCCAGACAAUGUUCACAAAAAUUAUCAUUUGUAUUGUACAAAAACACUGUUGAGUUAUUCAUCAAAUACGUAUUAUAUUAUUGUCUGAGAUAGUUAUUGGCAGAAUAGUGUUAACUCAACUAGCUACAGGGCAAACCAUACCAAGGUAGGCUAUCCAAACGCUUUGCUGGCUUUGGUUUCACAAUCAGUAUUAUUUUGCUUUUCAGACAAUGUUCACAAAAAUUAUCAUUUGUAUUGUACAAAAACACUGUUGAGUUAUUCAUCAAAUACGUAUUAUAUUAUUGUCUGAGAUAGUUAUUGGCAGAAUAGUGUUAACUCAACUAGCUACAGGGCUUCCCAAACACGGUCCUGGGGACUACACUGCUAAUUCAAAUAAUCAGCUCAUCAUUAAGCUUUUAUUAUUUGAAUCAGCCGUGUAGUGCUAGGGCAAAAACACAAGUGACAUCACCUCAUAGAAUUGCAUUUGAUUGCACAUUGAUUCACAAAACGGAAGCUGGUAGAUUAUUGACAGUAAAACAAUAGGGUGUAGUUAUGUAAAUGGGGUUUACAUUUUUGGAGGAUUGUGUAAUCAAAAGUGGAUCACCAUAUUAAACAACCAUUUAGUACUGAAACUAUGGGUAGUUAGGUACUUUACAAAUUGGUCCCUAGUCUAAAACGUCUUGACAAAAAUCCAAAUUUGUUCUCGAAGGUGAGCAAAAGUAAUUUUCACAUUGUUGUGAUCAAUGGUGAGAACACUGGACAAAGAUGUCCCUUUUAAACUUCCUAUAUCAAGUUAUGCAUAGUGAUUGAUUGUGUUUAUUUGUGUAGGGUUGGGCUCCUCCAGUUCCUCUUAUUGGGACCUGAUGGGCAAUGCCAUGAUCACCACUGAGCAUGUGCGACUUACCCCUGACUUGCAGAGCAGACAAGGAGCAGUGUGGAGCCGCGUUGUGAGUAUAGCUCUCUCCAUCCCUAAGUAAACACCAGCACACUACUGCUUAUCCUUGAAACCCCUACAUCUCUGCACUUAAGAAAAUACAUCGUAGUCUAGCUUUAGGCCUAGCAGACACGCCACAAAGUAUGGCAAACACAUCACCUCAUUUGUAGUGACAAUACCAUAGAUUAGGUCUAUCCUUCCUGACUACAUGUACAACUCUAUAGCACAUAGCAUUUCAAUAUACCAUGACAGGUAACAUGCCAUGCUACAACCAGCUUUUCCUCAUUCACUGUACUGUCUGUAUCUGUCUGUAUGCGCUCCUACUGCAGCCGUGUUACCUGCGGGACUGGGAGCUGCAGGUGCACUUUAAGAUCCACGGCCACGGGAAGAAGAACCUAAAUGGAGAUGGAAUUGCCCUGUGGUAUACCAAGGAACGCAUGCAGACCGGUACUGAGCUUGCACUGUCUAAUACACAAACCAGGGUUAUGUCCCAAACCAGGGUUAUAUCCCCUAUAUAGUGCACUACUUUUGUCCAGCACCCAUAGGGUGCCAUUUGGGACGCACACCAAGGUUGAAAGAUAGUCUCUAGUCUUGUGGUAAUAUUACAAUGAUCUCAGCAUGGUCUUCCUAAAGUGUUGACUGCCAGGGUUUAUCACCUGCAGGUCCUGUAUUUGGAAACAUGAACCUCUUCACCGGCCUUGGCGUGUUCGUGGACACCUACCCCAAUGAAAAUAAAAACCAUGAGGUAUUACACUAACCCCCCUACGCUCACUCACACUCACUCAGGUGGACAGCCUAUUCCCAAACACGGAUUGUGUAUAAUUGGUUUGGGUGUGCAAUGUUGUGUGUUAACGCUGCGUCCUGUGUUUCCUUGCAUCCUGGUUGGGCACACAGAAGAAGUACAAUCCUUCGACUCAGGUAGCUACAGUAACCUAUCAGCCAAUUCCAGUCAUCCUCUGGAUGCUUAUUUAUUUCUAACCUCAACACUCCACCUAUCCCAUCCAUGUUGACUAACCCACAUCAGACAUAUCUCAUGUCUCAUCUCAUCCCUUUUGUGUCAUGCAAUAUGUGGUGUAUGAACGUACAGACGAGUGUCAGAAGUUGUUCCUGUUUACCUAAGAAAUGUGGAUCUUGCAGUGCUUCAUGCAUUUAGUCACUAAUUGUCUGUCAAAUGGCAACAUAUUUUCUAUAUAGGGGUCAUUUCAGCAAGCCAUGACACCCACCAUCUGAUUGUUCUGAAAUCAUUUCUGUAGUUAGAAACAGAUAAGAUUAGCAUUCCUGUAACAUAAUUUUUUGGAAAUAUAAUUAGAUCUCUGAGAAAUUAAGCUAAUUGAUUGCACCCAGAUUGGCCAUUUUUAUUUAUAGGAUUCAUAAGACAUGAGGAAUCCAAAGAAAUGGUCAAAAGCCACCCACGUACCCCCCACCCCACCCCCACCCCCCAUGACAAUCCCACCCCAACGAGUAUACAGUAUCAGUUCUCUAUGUCUGACAUAUAGUAUGGAGCUGCAACUCUGAGUAUUAUUUCUUCAUCCUAUGUAAUGUAUUCCCAGCUAAAAAAAAAAAUUAUCUCGUUCAGAGAAAUUAGUCAUUGAAGUUGUUAGUUUUAUGUCCCAUCCUACAUCCUGAUAGUAACAGGUUCUGACCACUAGAUGGUGCCGUUUCUGCUAUAAGAGAAUAUUAGAAUCCCUCAAUGUUAGAGGGAUAGUUUACCCAAAUUACAGUCAUCCUCUGGCUUCAGCUUUUCGGUUUUUAUUCAUUUGUAAACAUUUCUAAAAACAUAAUUCCACUUUGACAUUAUGGGGUAUUGUGUGUAGGCCACUGACACAAAAUCUAUAUUUUAUCCAUUUUAAAUUCAGGCUGUAACACAACAAAAUGUGGAAAAACUAAAGGGGUGUGAAUACUUUCUGAAGGUACUGUAAACCUAACAACUUCGAUUACUAAUUUCUCUGAACGGGGAAAAAAACAUCACCAAAUUCACUGGGAAUACUUUACAUAGGACGAAGAAAACAAUCCAAGCCGCAGCUCCAUACUACUUGUUAGACAUAGAGAACUGAUAAUAUAUACUCGUUUUUGGGGUCGGAUUGGUGUGGGGGGGCUGUGGAUGGCUUUUGACAAUAUCUUUGGAUUCCUCAUGUCUAACUCAUUGUUAGAAAAAAGUUUCGUCCAAAUCAGAUGUUAGGUACUAUAUUUAUUGAAUAUUAUAUGAAUCCUAUGAAUUAAAAUGGCCACUUUGGGUGCGAUCAAUUAGCUUAAUUUCGCAGAGACCAACAAAAUGUUGCAGGAAUGUUAAUAUUAUUUGUUUCUAACAGGAACAAUUUAAGAACAGUCUGAGAUGGUGGAUGUCAAUCCUAUUUCUUGUGCUUUUCUUGCGGUGGAAUGACUCAUAGUGAACUUCUUUUGACCAAAGUAGUGCACUACAUAGUGAAUAGGGUGCCAAUUCAGACGCAACCAGUGUGUUUUAAAGGGAUACUGCGAGAUUAUUUUAGUUAUUUUAGCAUUGGCUCGUGAAACCACCUCUUAACUUCCUUCAUACAUAAAAAUGGUAUCCAUGAGUUCAUCUGGGUAAGUCAUCUGGCAGUAUCCCUCUGGUCACUGAUUGACAUUAUCAUCUGGCUUAUCACAACUACCUCUGUCUCUGCAGAGGGUCUUUCCAUACGUGUCUGGGAUGGUGGGGAACGGGACUCUGGCUUAUGAGCACGAUCGUGAUGGCCAGUCUACAGAGCUUGGCGGGUGCACGGCCCUUGUGCGCAACAUCCCCCAUGACACCUUCCUCCUCAUCAGAUACACCAAAAACAGACUGACGGUGAGAGAAAACAGCUCCAUGAUCAGUAAAGCGUUCACUAACAUAUUGCAUUUUUAUUGACCUAUGUUUGACCUCCUGACCUACAGAUCCAGAUAGACGUUGACGGUAAACAGGAGUGGCGGGACUGUCUGGACCUUCCAGGGGUACGUCUGCCUCGGGGCUACUUCUUUGGAGCCUCCUCUGUUACUGGAGACCUGUCAGGUACUGGGCCUCUCUCUGAACAUCUCAGAACAACACUGUUUUUGUGGUUCACCAUCUGCAUUCUUCUCACCGGUUUUUGGAAUCAGUUCAUAGCAAUCAGAUCUAUGUCAAUUCUGAAUGGAGAAUGGUGGAGAGCCUGUGGUCUAGCGGUAACACUAGAGACCGGGGUUUGAUCCCCGCGUCCACGCUUCAUACUGUGCUCCCACUUUCCUGUGAAAUGUAAAAUAAUGUUGGAUUGUAUUGAUUUAGGGGCGGCAGAUAGCCUAGCGGUUAAGGGCGUUGGGCCAGUAACCGAAAGGUUGCUGUUUCAAUUCCCUGAGCCAACUAGGUGACAAAUCUGUCUGUGCCCUUGAGCAAGGCACUUAACCCUAAUUGCUCCUGUAAGUCGCUCUGGAUAAGAGCGUCUGCUAAAUGACUAAGUCAAAUGUAUUUCUUCUUUCCUCUCAUUUCCUAGACAACCAUGAUCUCAUCUCUAUGAAGCUGUACCAGCUGACUGUGGAGCGUUCUCAGGAGGAAGAGGAGGAGGAAGAGCUCAUCCCCAGUGUUGAUAACUUUGAGCACUUGAACAAAGGUAAGAUAAUACAAGCCAACAUUUUCAAAAAAGGUGUGAUAUUUGUUUUUGUCCGUCCAGUUUCAAUUGAACUGUAGCAUGUUAUUUUUUUUCUUCAUGGUUGUUUGUCUUUCAUUACAGUGGAGGUGCAGGAAGAGGGGAUGAGUGGAGUCCAGCUCUUCUUCACCAUAGUCUUCUCUGUCAUUGGUGUCUUUGUACUGGGGGUGGUGGCGGUGGUCAUGUACGGGCGCUGGAAGGAGAACAGCCGCAAACGCUUCUACUGAGAGGGAGAGCUGGAUAGUCUAUG